CAGGGAACCCCAGACUUUCCCAUGGCCUCGCUGUACGUGGGCGACCUGCACCCGGAGGUGACUGAGGCGAUGCUGUACGAGAAGUUCAGCCCGGCGGGGCCCAUCCUGUCCAUCCGCAUCUGCAGAGACAAGAUCACGCGCCGCUCCUUGGGCUACGCGUACGUCAACUACCAGCAACCGAUGGACGCCAAGCGGGCCCUGGAGACCCUGAACUUCGACGUCAUCAAGGGCAGGCCGGUGCGCAUCAUGUGGUCCCAGAGGGACCCGUCGCUGCGCAAGAGCGGCGUGGGCAACGUCUUCAUCAAGAACCUGGGCAAGAGCAUCGACAACAAGGCGCUGUACAACAUCUUCUCGGCGUUCGGCAACAUCCUGUCCUGCAAAGUGGCCUGCGACGAGAAGGGGCCCAAGGGCUACGGCUUCGUGCACUUCCAGAAACAGGAGUCGGCCGAGCGCGCCAUCAACGCCAUGAACGGCAUGUUCCUGAACUACCGCAAAAUUUUCGUGGGCAGAUUCAAGUCGCACAAAGAGCGCGAGGCCGAGAGGGGCGCCUGGGCCAGGCAGUCCACCAGCGGCGACGUCAAGGGCUUCCAGGAGAACAGCGACGACGGGGCCACCUUGCGAUGAGCGCGCCCCAGGAGCGAGCCAGCCAGCAGAGCCAUGUAAACGUGGCUCCCACCCGGUUUACAACCCCCCCUUUCGGCCCCCCUAGCCCACCAGCGGCGUAUUGUACUGGGAGCGCGGGUCCCCCUCUCUCCGCCUGCCCGCGUCUCUCUCCUUCUCUCCCGCCCCGCUCAUCCCGCUCCGUCCGCGGCCCUCCGCUGCCCG